AUGAAUUUUGCAUCUGGCCGACUUUACUGGGAACUUACAACAUGCGAUGACUUAGGGCAACUUGAAGAUUUUGAGAAAUAUAAAGUUUGUCUUCUCUUCAAUUCAACAUCCUUAAAUGGCUUCAAAAAGGAUUUUAUCCAACAAGAUAUUUUAGAUCCUUUUUAUUGCUUGACAAUUGAUCUUUUUCAUGACUAUCAUUUGUGGCAGUGUGUACUUGGAACAAAUUUUUUCUGGAUUAAACUUGCAGAUCGUUCCAAAUCAAUCACGCUUUACAACAUCUAUAAAAUUAAUGAUGUGAUACAACAAUCUUUUGAAAAAUUCAACUCUCAAAAUGUUUUUAUUAAAACUUUUUCAGAUCCAGAUAUUUCAAUUGACUGUUUACCGUGCAUUGAUUUAACAUUAGAGAGUGAAUUUAGCGACAAAACUAAAUUAUCAAUUAAUGAAAUUUUACAGUCUUGGAUAGUUGCAUGGAAAAAAGAUGAAGACCUCAAUGAGAAAGAUUAUAUUCACUUGUUCAUCAUAUCAUCUUUAAACAAACUUCUUGGAGUGUUACUAAGUUAUGUCAUAUUAUAUGGACAAUCGAGUGAUAUUUCAAAAAUAACAGAUGAAAUAAAGAAUACUAUUAUUAUCAAUAAUCAAAAUCCAAUAACUUAUCGUCGAUAUUCUAGGAAUGGCUCUACCACUGUUAUUAUAAAGAAUUUGAAAGAACCUGGAAA